GUGUAAAGUUGCGCAAUUGAUUCUGAAUAUUCCUUACCCAUAAAGCACCGCGGUCGUUCUCAGUGGUAAAAAUGGCGUCGAGGGCACCAGUAGCAACAAGCAGGCUCCUGGUUGGGUUCCGCAAGUGGUAUUACAACUUGUGUGGUUUCAACAAACUUGGUUUAAUGCGCGAUGACACAAUCUAUGAGGAUGGAGAUGUGAAAGAGGCCCUGAGGAGGCUUCCAGAGACACAGUAUAACGACAGGGUGUUCCGGAUCAAGAGAGCCCUGGAUCUGUCCAUGAAGCAGCAGAUCCUCCCUAAAGAGCAGUGGACAAAAUUCGAAGAGGAUGUCAAUUACCUCUCACCAUAUCUGGAUGAGGUGGUCCGUGAGAGGAAAGAGAGAGAGGAGUGGAUGAAGAAAUAGAUGGUCCUGGUCAAAGUUGUUAAUCUCUGUCUUUGGUCGGUGCACGGUUGUCCCCUGGUGUAAUAUUUAAAAUGAAAUGUGAUCUAUAUAAAACAUUGCUCAUUAAAAAAUGUACAUUUUGAA